UAACAAUCGACACCAACAAACACACACAUAAACGUCUCAACCAAAAGCUCUAUGACAACUAUAGCUUCCACACAAUUCAUUCAUGAAUUCAUGGAAAACUUCCACUACUCAAGAAGAUUACUCCCGGAGACCGUCAUGGCGCCACCUCCGGCAACAGUCAGAAUUGGCCACGACCCAAUUGAUGAUCUACCAAUUGGAAAUAACGUCAACAGAUUUGAUGCAAAUGUUAUUGUGGUGGUAUUGGCAGUACUUGUAAGUGCCAUAAUUUGUUCACUUGUGUUGAACUCCAUCAUAAAAUGUGCCUUUAGGUGCUCUACCCUAAUAUUGGCAGACUCAUCCUCAAACCAUACAAAUAAUAAAGGGAUCAACAAAAAAGCACUCAAGACAUUUCCAAUUAUAACAUACAGUACUGAAUUGAAACAUCCGGGGCUCGAUUCUGAGUGUGUCAUUUGUUUAUCCGAAUUUGGAAUUGGAGAGAAAAUUAAGGUUCUACCUAAGUGCAACCAUGGAUUUCACGUCAAAUGUAUCGAUAAAUGGCUCAAAUCACAUUCUUCUUGCCCUACUUGCAGGCACUGCCUCAUCGAUACAUGUCAAAAAAUUGUCAACGGUGAUAGUUCUGUUACUACAAAUGCUAUUUUAUCAGCAAGAGUUGAAGAUAUUGUAAUAAGGAUUGAACCUCUCGAACGUGAAGGUGUUAUAUCUAAUUAACAAAUUUAAACUUAGGUAGCAAAACAGGAUUAAUUAGUUAUUAUGUAUGAUGUAUAAAAAUUAGCGAGCUAGCAUGAGGCCAAUGCCAUUGUAGCUUUCGAA